AUGGCUCAGUCAUUCUUCUCGAAUUACCUCGGGCUCGGACGGCCUAUGGCCGUCGAGCCAGACUCCAGCAAGCCUGUCCGGGCCUUGCCAGCCUCCUGGUACACUUCUCCGGACAUGUAUGAACUGGAAAGACGGGCCAUCUUUUCGAAGAAGUGGCUCCUUACCACCCAUAGCCUGAGGCUGACGAAGCCAGGCGACUGGCUCCGUUACGAAGUCGCCGGCUUCGACUUCAUCGUAUGUAGAGAUCACAAGGGGAACAUAAACGCGUUCCAUAAUGUCUGUAGGCACCGCGCUUUUCCUAUUGUCACUGAGGACAAGGGCAACAGCUUCGUCUUCUCUUGCAAGUACCACGGCUGGUCGUACGGCCUGAGCGGGAACCUUGCCAAGGCGCCGGGUUAUCAGGACCUCAAAGGCUUCGACAAGUCUCAGAAUAAUCUUCUUCGAAUUCACAUUCACGUCGACGACAAGGGAUUCAUCUGGGUCAAUCUCGACGGCCGCGACAAGCCAGAUGUUGCUUGGGACGACGACUUUGACGGCGUCGAUCAUCAAACCAGAUUUGACUUGUACGACUUUGACCAGUACCAGUUCGACCACGUCUGGGAGAUGGAAGGAGAGUACAACUGGAAGAUUCUGGCGGACAAUUACAACGAGUGUUACCAUUGCAAGACUUCCCACCCCGACAUACCCACCAUUGCCGAUCUCAGCUCCUACUCGGUCCAGACCAAGGACGGCCACAUUCAGCAUUUCGGCAAUCCCACAAAGGAGCAAAUCGAGCGCGGCUUCCGCGUGGCCUCUACCUACUACUUUCCCAAUGCUUCCAUGAACAUAUCUCCUCAUUUCUUUUUCAUACAACGAUUCGUGCCCAGAAGCCCGACCAAAUCUGUCAUGAAGUAUGAAGUCUACAGGAACAAGAAUUCCAGCGACGAAGAUUUCGAGAUCAUAAGCUCCAUGUACCGGAGAAUCAUGUCCGAGGAUAAGUAUCUUUGCGCAAACGCGCAGAAGAACCUCAACGCCGGCGUCUUCGUCAACGGUGAAAUGCAUCCGACGAUGGAGAAGGGACCCUUAUUCUUCCAGAAGACUGUGCGAGAACUUGUGCAGGCUCAUUACAGCAGAGAAGUCGAAUCCGAAUGCGAGAUAUGGCCUGCUCGACAAACCCUCCCGAAGACGGCUGCGGCUAGUGACAAGGACAUCAAAUUUUGUUCGGCUGUGGACUGUUGCAUGAUUCCCAAGGAGAUUGUUGCUUAG